CCACAACCACCACCACAAAAACCACCACAACCACCACCAGAACCACAACCACCACAACAACCACCACAACAACCCCCUACUCACAGCACUUGCCCCUACAGCCUGCUAGAGGCUACACGGGGGAUCUUUGUCUCUGUGUGUUCAUAGCUGCUGCUGCUCACAGCACUUGCCCCUACAGUCUGCUACUACAGGCUACACGGGCAUCUUUGUCUUUGCCUUCAUAGCUGCUGCUGCUGCUACUACAGCCUGCGCGAGGAGCUGCGUGGUCCGUGUGUGUACGCAUUCACCUGACCAAGUACUGAGACUAAAACGACUUCACCGUCUCCAGCAACGCCUUGGAGAAAGUCCUCGCCGGAGGGGUCAGAGGUCAGCGGUUCAGAGGUCACUCUGCCCGACUCCUCCGUCUCCUGCUGCCGACAUCGCGCGUGGGUUCACGAUGGCCAGCUGGAGACUGCUUCAAGCGCAGCUGCUGCUGCUGCUGGGCGCAAGCGGUUGGCCUCGCGCAACCGGCUCCGAGUCCCCGGUGCGGCGGGAGCUGUCGUGCGAGGGUCGUCCCGUCGACCUGCGCUGCCCGGGCAGCUACGUCAUCGCCGUCAGCUCGGCCUUCUACGGCCGCACCGACGGACAGAUCUGCGAGUCCGAGGCGGCCAAGAUGCAGAACACGGCCUGCUUGCAGGUCGAGAGCUUCCACAUCGUGGCUCGGAGGUGCAACAACAGGACGUGGUGCCACGUCGUCGCUGGCAACGAGCUGUUUCCGGACCCCUGUCCCGGGACGUACAAGUACCUGGAGGUUUGGUACAAGUGCGUCCCCUACAUCUUCCCCUGCCCGGGCAGCAUCCGCCUUGUUGGCGAGGCCUUGCACCUCCUGCAGGCGAAGCAGAAGGCCGGCUCGUGGUGCCGCGACCCGCUGCGUGCCGACGGCAAGGUGUACUUCAUGCCGUGGAUGCCCUACCGCACCAAGAGGCUCGUGGAAUACGCCUCCCUCCAGGACAUCGCGGCCAGGCUGCCGCUCACCAACUACCAGCUGCCGCACCGAGUGGACGGCACGGGCUUCGUGGUGUACGACGGAGCCGUGUUCUUUAACAAGGAGCGAACGCGCAGAAUCGUCAAGUUCGACCUGGGCACGCGUGUCAAGAGCGGCGAGGCGGUCGUCCCCAACGCCAACUACUACGACACGUCGCCCUACCGCUGGGGCGGCAAGUCCGACAUCGACCUGGCGGCCGACGAGAACGGCCUGUGGGUCAUCUACGCCACGGAGCAGAACGAGGGGCGCGUGGUAGUGAGCCGCUUCAACCCGUACACGCUGCGCGUCGAGGCCUCUUUUGAGACGGCCUACGACAAGCGCUCGGCCUCCGACGCCUUCAUGGCGUGCGGCGUCCUCUACGUCCUGCGCUCCACUUACGAGGAUGACGGCGACGGAGCGGCGAACGGCACCGCAGGAGGAGGAGGGGUGGGGGGGGGGACGAGCGACCGCAUCGAUUACGUGUACGACACCAACUCGCGACGGGAUGCACGCGUCUCCAUCCCGUUCCCCAACCCGUUCCAGUUCAUCACGUCGGUGCAGUACAACCCGCACGACGGCGCCCUCUACGUGUGGAACAACCACCACGUGCUGCGCUACACGCUGCACUUCGCCCCGCUGGAUCCCACUGCAGUCAAUAUCCUCGACUCAAAGAGCGCACUGGGGGAGCCUGGCUGGAUUGCCUCACCACCUGAAGGGUGGGAAGAAAUAAGCGGGUACGAUGAGUUCCACACGCCCAUUCAGAUGUACCAAGUCUGCCACGUGAUGAAGCCCAACCAGAACAACUGGCUGCGGACUAACUGGAUGAUGCGCGGCGGUGCCCAGCACGUCUUCCUCGAGCUCAAGUUCACGCUGCGCGACUGCAACAGCAUCCCGGGCAUCUCGGGCACGUGCAAGGAGACCUUCAACGUCUACUACCACGAGUCGGACAGCGAGCGCGUGUCCGGCAUCCACGAGAGCCAGUACGUGAAGGUGGACACCAUCGUGGCCGACGAGACCUUCACCGAGAUCGAUCUGGUCGGCCGCAUCAUGAAGCUGAACACGGAGGUGCGUGACGUGGGCCCCCUCGCCAAGAAGGGCUUCCACCUGGCCUUCCAGGAUGUGGGUGCAUGCAUCGCGCUCGUGUCCGUGCGCGUGUACUACAAGCGCUGCCCACGCACCGUGCGCGGCCUGGCCGUCUUCCCCGACACGGUGACAGGCGCCGAAUCUUCCUCGCAUGUCGAGGUGCGCGGGGCAUGCGUCGAGAACUCGGUCGAGGAGGAGGCGCCGCGCAUGUUCUGCAGCGCCGAUGGCAAGUGGCUCAUGCCCGUCGGGAGGUGCGUCUGCGGCCCCGGCUACGAGCAGGCGGUGGAUGGGUGCCAAGGUGUUUUGUGCAGCAGGAAUCUUCACGACGAGUUCGCAAAUAAGUCGGCCGCUCUCGUCUGGCACAGCCACCAAGGGAGGAGGAAGUGGAGGAAGCACCCCAAGUUGGGGUUGCUGCUCCGACAAGCCAACAGCUGCUACCCAAAGUUCAUUUAUUAGGUAGAGCCCUGUGAGCCAUUCGGCUCUUGAAUCGGGUGCAACCGCAACA